UUUUGAAAUUGCACCUGUAAAAUAAAACAAAUCAUAGAAAACAUAAGCAAAUACACUAGUUCUAUUUAUUGUAAAUUGAAAUCACGACUUCAACCACCUAGCAAUUGAAAAAAGUAGACUAUUGAAUUGACAGUAUCGGUUAACGUAAGUUGACGUUAAUUUACUUUCACUGCGAAGUGUGGCUUGACAUUCAAGAACCUAAGCACUAAGUGAUCUAUAAAGUACGACCACAACUUGAUAAAAAGUGAUAACGUCACCGUCGAGGUCAACGUUACACGAUAGCAACUUCAGAUCGAUUGUCACAAUUUAGUUGUCUCAAAGUUUCCAUACAGCGAAGACGUUAUAAUGGCGAGUGGCAGAAUUGUAGUUUACGGUGGCCGCGGAGCUUUGGGCUCGGCUUGUGUCAACCACUUCAAGAACGCCAACUUUUGGGUCGCCAAUAUCGAUCUCAGUUCAAACGAUAAAGCCGACGUGAACAUCACUGUUCCCAAAGACGGUUCCUGGUUGCAACAAGAGGAGCACGUUGUUAACGAGCUGGGAGCUGCUCUCCAAGGUCAGAAAGUGAAUGCCGUGAUUUGCGUCGCUGGUGGCUGGGCUGGCGGGAAUGCGGCCAAGGACCUAAGCAAGCAAGCUGAUUUGAUGUGGAGGCAAUCUGUAUGGAGCUCGACUAUCGCAGCGACAUUAGCGUCAAAAUAUUUGUCACCAGGUGGUUUGCUUGCACUCACAGGAGCCAAAGCAGCAUUGGAAGGUACUGCAGGUAUGAUUGGAUAUGGAAUGGCUAAAGCAGCAGUUCACCAACUGACAAAAUCACUUGGUGCUAAAGAUUCCGGCUUACCUGACAAUUCUCUUGCUGUAGCAAUUUUGCCUGUUACACUGGACACUGAAAUGAACAGGAAAUGGAUGCCCAAAGCUGAUUUCGGUACCUGGACCCCAUUGAGCUAUGUGGCCGAGCUGUUCGAUAAAUGGAUUAAAGGAGAAGAUAGGCCUGCUAGUGGAAGCUUAGUAGCGUUGGUCACAAAGGACAAUGUGACUGAACUCAUUGUUCAAUAAAUCCAGAAGAAAAAUUUAAUGGAUCUGAAGGUUCUUAAAUAUGGCCAAAAAUUACAAAAGUAUUGCAAUAUUUAAAAACAAAGAUUAUAUCUAACUUAUGUGUUAUUAGGAACAAGUUUUUUUGCCGUGAAUGUCUUUCCAUUAGUUUGUAAUUAUUGCUCAGU